AUGGAGGAGACUGCAAGAGGCAACGGAACCGUCUCAAUUUCUUAUGAUUCUGAGGGAAUGGUUGAAAUUUGUGUAAAAAAUGAUAGAAACGUUGGCUCUUAUGGCGUUUUUAUUGGAGAUAAUCCAUUAGAUUUUGCUCUUCCGGCAACAUUGUUCCAAAUCAUUGUUAUUAUCACACUUUCUCAAUCUCUUCACUUUCUCCUCCGGCCAUUGCAAACACCCAAAUUCAUCUGCAGCGUUCUCGGUGGAAUUCUUUUGGGGCCAUCAUUUUUAGGGAGGAGUGAAAUUUACUGGAAAGCACUAUUUCCUGCAAGACAAUCUGAUGUUUUGUUAGUGAUGUCAAUAAUGGGAUCUAUAUACUUUUUGUUCUUCGUUGCACUGAAAAUGGAUCUACUAAUGACAGUAAGAGCUGCAAAAAGUACUUGGCUACUUGGAAUAAUACCUUUUGUGGCUUCUUUUUUGGUUAUAUCAGUGCUAGUAAAACUUUUCUAUUCACCACCAAAUUUCCCUACAUUAAUUGCAUCACGUUUUUCAUUAAGUGCUACAAUCUCAUUCACUAAUUUCCCUGUCAUGACUGAAGCUUUAUCAGAACUUAACCUUAUGGCAACUGAAUUAGGUCAGCUUGCUAUAUCUUCAGCCUCAUUCAACGAUUGCAUACAAUUUUCUUUCAUAUUAGCCCACCACAUCGAAUCCACUGAGCAACUAAAGUUCAAAGUGUUGGCUGUGAUUAGUUGCAUAUUGUUCACGGGUUUUUGCUUCUUUGUUUUAAAGCCAUCGAUGAAAAUGAUUGCACGCAAGACACCGUAUGGGAAACAAGUGAAACAAAGUUAUGUUGUGCUUAUUUUUCUCGGUGUUUUAAUCAUGUCAGGUAUAACUGACAUAAUCGGGGUAACUUACAUGAUUGGACCGUUGAUGUUUGGUUUGAUGAUACCAAGUGGACCUCCUUUAGGAACAAUAUUGGUUGAAAAAUGUGAAGUUAUUAUCUCAGAUUUUUUAUUACCUUUCUUCUUUGCUUAUGUUGGCAUGACCACAAAUCUGGCUUCUCUUCGCAGCUGGAAAGACUUCUUAAUUUUGCAGUUUAUCAUACUUGCGGGCGACAUAGCCAAAGUGGUUGCUUGUGUGUUGGUUUCUAUGGUAUAUAACAUUAAGCCCAAACACGGCACAGUGCUUGGUCUCAUGAUGAACAUCAAGGGCAUAACUCACCUUAUAGCUUUUACUAAAUUGAAGAAUAUCGGGGUAUUGGAUGAAGAUACGUUCAGUUACUUGGUGAUUUGUGUGGUGAUUACAACUGCAAUCGUCACACCCUUGAUUAAAAAACUAUACAAACAUCUUCAUCGAGUACUAAAUUCAUCGAGCCUAUACGAUGUAAAAAUGAGAACAAUCCAAAACUCUUCAAAAAAUUUAGAGUUUCGUGUUGUUACUUGCUUACAUAACGAAAUAAACGUACGUGGUAUCACUGCUCUAUUAGAAGUUUGCAACCCAGUUCCAGAAAGCCCGAUAUCUGUAUACGUGAUUCACCUCGUCGAACUUUUAGGAAAAAGCGCACCAAUUUUGCUUCCAAUCAAUCACAAACAGAACAAAAAAUUCCUGUCAGUUAAUUACCCCGACACGAACCACAUCAUGCGAGCAUUUGAGAAUUAUGCUAGCAACUCUUAUGGUCCGGUUUUUGUUUUACCAUAUGUCAACGUUGCACCUUAUAAAAGCAUGCACGAUGCUGUUAUCAACUUAGCACAAGACAAAAUGGUUCCUUUUAUAAUAGUCCCUUUUCACGAAAAUGACCAUAUUGACCUCAACGAACACGUGUCAACCGCGAUUCGAAAACUAAAUACUAGGUUUCAAGCACAUGUGCCAUGCACGUUGGGAAUAUUGGUGGAUAGAUACUCACGGCUUGGAGAUACUAACGACAGUGUUAAAUCUUAUUUUCACGUGGGAGUGUUUUUCAUAGGUGGAGCUGAUGACAGAGAAGCAUUGGCUUUAGGAAUACGAAUGUCGGAGAGGGAAAACAUGAAGGUGUCUUUGUUUCGGUUUGUUGUGUUGAAUAGAAAAGAAUAUGAAAGUAAAUCUCUAUCCGGUAUGGAAGUUUCACUAGACGAGGAAGAAGACGAGGAAAUUUUGGAUGAAAGUUUAAUUGAUGAGUUUAAGGGAAUGAAGUUUGGGAUUGGGAAUGUUUGUUGCUACGAGGUUGUUGUGGAGGAUGGAGUAGAGCUAAUGACUGCAAUUCGUGGUUUGGAAGGAGACUAUGAUCUUGUGAUGGUUGGGAGGAGACAUAAUAUUGGAUCUUUGAAAGAUGAGGAAAUGGGAAAUUUCAUAGAGAAUGUUCAAAUAUUAGGAAUACUUGGAGAUAUGUUAUCAUCAACAGAAUUCUGUAUUGGAAUGGUUCCUGUUUUGGUCACACAAUGUGGUGGGGAUAAAAGGGUAAGUAACAACCUUGAUAGACUAGGUUCAACUAAUGCCUCUCAAAGGAGUUUAAUGUUUAAUAAAUAA